AUGAACACUGGAGGGAGGCUCAUCGCCGGGUCGCACAACCGGAACGAGUUCGUGCUCAUCAAUGCCGAUGAGAGUUCACGGAUCAAAUCUGUGAAAGAACUGAGCGGGCAAAUAUGUCAGAUAUGUGGGGAUGAAGUGGAGAUAGCAGACGGCGAGCUCUUCGUUGCCUGUAAUGAAUGUGCUUUUCCAGUGUGUCGGCCUUGCUAUGAGUAUGAGAGAAGAGAAGGAAAUCAGGCCUGCCCGCAAUGUAAAACUAGAUACAAGCGCCUCAAAGGCAGUCCGAGGGUCGAAGGCGAUGAGGAAGAAGAUGACAUUGAUGAUUUGGACAAUGAGUUCGAUUAUGACCCUUCGGAUCCUCAGCAUGUCGCUGAGAAAACGUUCUCUUCACGGCUUAAUUAUGGCCGUGGUGCCCAUCGGAACGCAUCUGGAAUGCCCACUGACGUUGAAUCCUCUCCGCUUAGUUCACAAAUUCCUCUCUUGACAUAUGGCCAAGAGGAUGCUGAGAUUUCUCCUGAUCAACACGCUCUUAUUGUUCCCCCUGCCACGGGUCAUGCAUAUAGAGUUCAUCCGAUGCCAUAUCCGGAUUCUUCUAAUCCUCUUCAUCCCAGACCAAUGGCCCCCGAGAAAGACAUCACACUGUAUGGGUACGGAAGCGUGGCAUGGAAGGACAAAAUGGAGAAGUGGCGGAAAAAGCAAAACGAGAAGCUUCAGGUUGUUAAACAUGAAGGAGCAGGUGAUGGUGGAGACUUUGGCAGUGACGAAUUGGAUGAUCCCGACUUGCCCAUGAUGGAUGAAGGGAGACAGCCUCUUUCAAGGAAGUUACCCAUUCCUUCGAGCAAGAUAAAUCCAUACAGAUUACUAAUUAUCCUCCGUCUUGUGAUUCUUGGACUAUUUCUCCAUUAUAGAAUUCUCCAUCCAGUUAAUGAUGCAUAUGGAUUGUGGUUGACAUCGGUUAUAUGUGAAAUAUGGUUUGCUGUGUCGUGGAUAUUGGAUCAAUUUCCUAAAUGGUACCCUAUAGAGAGAGAAACAUAUCUUGAUCGUCUAUCUCUAAGGUAUGAAAGAGAAGGGAAGCCAUCGGAAUUGGCUCCUGUCGACGUUUUUGUGAGUACAGUUGAUCCAAUGAAGGAACCUCCACUAAUCACUGCAAACACGGUUCUUUCGAUCCUUGCGGUGGAUUAUCCAGUUGAUAAAGUGGCAUGCUAUGUCUCAGACGAUGGUGCUGCAAUGCUUACUUUUGAAGCACUGUCCGAGACAUCUGAGUUUGCGAAGAAAUGGGUCCCUUUCUGUAAGAGAUUUAAUAUUGAGCCCCGAGCACCAGAAUGGUACUUCUCUCAGAAGAUGGACUAUUUGAAGAACAAAGUUCACCCAGAAUUUGUGAGGGAAAGACGUGCAAUAAAGAGAGAAUACGAAGAAUUCAAAGUCAGAAUAAAUGCAUUAGUUGCGAUGGCGCAAAAGGUUCCCGAAGAAGGUUGGACAAUGCAGGAUGGAACCCCAUGGCCCGGAAACAAUGUCCGCGAUCAUCCUGGCAUGAUUCAGGUAUUUCUUGGUCAUAGUGGUGUCUGCGAUGAUGAUGGAAAUGAGCUGCCUCGAUUGGUUUAUGUUUCUCGUGAGAAAAGACCUGGUUUUGAGCACCACAAGAAGGCUGGUGCCAUGAAUGCCUUGAUUCGGGUCUCUGCAGUCAUCUCCAAUGCCCCUUACCUUUUGAAUGUUGACUGCGAUCACUACAUCAACAACAGCAAGGCACUCAGAGAAGCUAUGUGUUUCAUGAUGGAUCCAACUUCGGGGAAGAAAGUUUGCUAUGUGCAGUUUCCUCAAAGAUUUGAUGGGAUUGAUCGUCACGAUCGAUACUCUAACAGGAAUGUCGUAUUCUUUGAUAUCAACAUGAAAGGACUUGACGGUCUCCAAGGACCAAUUUAUGUCGGUACUGGGUGCGUCUUCAGAAGGCAGGCCCUUUAUGGACAUGAUGCUCCUUCCAAGAAGAAACCUCCUAGCAAGACAUGCAACUGUUGGCCGAAAUGGUGCUGCCUCUGCUGUGGAGGUAGAAAGAACAAGAAAGGGAAGACAAAGAAGGAGAGGAGCAAGAAAACUAAGAAUAGGGAAACGUCCAAGCAGAUACAUGCACUUGAAAAUAUUGAAGAGGGAGUGUCAGAAGUGAGCAACGAGAAGUCAUCUGAGAUGACUCAGAUAAAAUUGGAGAAGAAAUUCGGUCAGUCCCCUGUUUUUGUUGCUUCCACGACUUUGGAAGAUGGUGGUGUUCCGCCAGAUGCUAGUCCUGCAUCGCUACUAAAAGAAGCCAUCCAAGUCAUCAGUUGCGGAUAUGAAGACAAGACAGAAUGGGGAAAAGAAGUUGGCUGGAUAUACGGUUCGGUGACUGAGGAUAUAUUGACUGGGUUCAAAAUGCACUGCCACGGCUGGAGGUCAGUGUACUGCAUACCUAAGAGGCCUGCAUUCAAGGGUUCAGCACCAAUCAACCUUUCGGAUCGUCUACACCAGGUUCUCCGGUGGGCUCUUGGGUCAGUCGAGAUUUUCUUGAGCAGGCAUUGCCCAAUCUGGUAUGGCUACGGGGGAGGUUUGAAGUGGUUGGAACGAUUUUCUUACAUCAAUUCGGUUGUGUAUCCUUGGACCUCCAUCCCCUUGAUUGUUUACUGCUCACUCCCGGCUAUCUGCCUUCUCACUGGCCAAUUCAUCGUGCCUGAGAUUAGCAACUAUGCAAGUCUCGUCUUUAUGGCACUUUUCAUCUCCAUUGCUGCAACUGGUAUUCUUGAGAUGCAAUGGGGUGGUGUUGGAAUCGAUGACUGGUGGAGAAACGAGCAGUUUUGGGUUAUUGGAGGCGUUUCAUCGCAUCUUUUUGCUCUUGUCCAGGGUUUACUCAAGGUUUUAGGUGGAGUCAACACAAACUUCACCGUCACCUCAAAAGCAGCGGACGAUGGAGCAUUCUCAGAACUCUAUAUCUUUAAAUGGACAUCGCUGUUGAUCCCGCCCAUGACUCUCCUGAUCAUGAACAUCGUUGGGGUUGUUGUCGGGAUCUCCGAUGCCAUCAAUAAUGGGUAUGAUUCGUGGGGUCCCCUCUUUGGUAGGCUAUUUUUCGCCUUCUGGGUCAUCGUCCAUCUCUACCCAUUCCUAAAGGGAUUGCUCGGGAAGCAAGACCGGAUGCCGACGAUCGUCGUGGUCUGGUCGAUAUUGCUUGCCUCCAUCUUGACCCUCUUGUGGGUUAGGAUCAACCCAUUUGUGUCAAGAGAAGGCCCUGUGCUGGAAGUUUGUGGGUUGAACUGUGAUUGAAGGUGCAAUAAAAGACAUUUAGAUAGUCAUUAGUUCACGACAUUAAGAAGGAGAUGGUCAUCGAGUUGUGGGAGAAUCAUUGAAUGCUUCCUGGGGUAUCUGCACAAUGAAAUAAAAACCAAUUGAUGGGCAAGGAGAAAAAGGAAGGAAAAUUCUUGAAGGAAGCUAUAUCUGUAAUUUGGGUUGAUGCUGUAGAUACAAGAUGCUGGGGCUGACACAUUGUCAUUUGUUUUUACAGGGUUUCAUCAAAUUCUUUUAUUAAAUUUAGGGUUUGUAUGUCUUCUUUUGGGGGUUUUGUGUACUUCUAAAAAGUGGGGGAUUGAAUUAUAAAGGUACAUUCCCUCUGUGAAACAUGGGCGUCUUCUGUACUUGUCUGGGUGAAGAAGUAUUCGUUUCAUGUUGCAUUGGUUUUUUACUCGUUCAAUGUGGACAUGGCAUGUAAUCUGUUCUUUUGAAGACAAGAACACGUCAGAUUCUUCAUUGUUGUCUGGACCAAGAUUUUCUUGAGCAAAUCUUUUGGUCUUUCAUAAUUGAUGCUAAUGUUUGGUUGGUA